AUGUCCGUCAUUCAAAUCCACCCUUCAGUCGACGUUAUUUGGUGGACAGAUACCGACCUUCAUAUCAAGUGUUCUUACUGCGAAGAGCUUCAUCGUCAUGGGUUCGUUUUCUACGAAAGUGCGCUUCGCGUGCCGCGCUGUGGCAUGUCUCGGCCGUCAUAUCGGUUUAAAUUCCCUAAUGCCUACGAGAUCAAUAAGACUAAGGCACGUUUCAUCAACAUCAACACCCUUGAAGAUCUGGAGAGUGAGGCUGAGAAUAGGUCUGAAGGUGAGACCUUCUUGUCGGGUGGAAUUUCCAACAUGAAUUUAUCUGGAACACCAAAUGGACCCCACCAAAUUGAGGUCACCUUCGCUGAUUCUACGGAACAAAUCACUUUCCAACUUGAUGGCGAAGAGCCUUUUAAUGAGCGGGGCAUCCUCUUCGCUAUAUCCGACUGUGUCAGUGACAAAGUAUCCAGUGUGAGAAACUACCUAGAACAAACAGAAGAAAAAUCUAUAUUUCUUCACGGGAAAGAUCACCGAGGAGAUACUUGUCUCAUCAUGGUUUCUCGAGAGGAAAACCGCAUGUCAGCAAAGGAGCCAGAAGGAACUUUGCGACGGGCAACUAUACUGAUAAGCCUGUUGUUUCAGAAUAGGGUCAACCACUUCUUCGGUCUACAGAUCGAGUUACGUGAGUGUACAAUGUGA